AUAGGGAGAAGAAGAUCCUGCUUAGUGAACCGGGAGGGGGUGUCCAUUUUAUUUACACUAGAGAAAUAGCUUUGUAACUGAAAGUCGGCUUUUUUCUGGAUUUAAAAGUUAAAAAACAGAUUUUUAGAGAUGAGCAGUUCAGAAGAAGUAUCGUGGAUUUCCUGGUUUUGUGGACUGAGGGGGAAUGAGUUUUUUUGUGAAGUGGAUGAGGAUUACAUCCAGGACAAGUUCAACCUGACGGGCCUGAAUGAGCAGGUUCCUCACUACCGCCAGGCCCUGGACAUGAUCCUGGACCUGGAACCGGACGAGGAGCUGGAGGAUAAUCCCAACCAGAGCGACCUGAUUGAGCAGGCGGCUGAGAUGCUUUACGGCCUCAUCCACGCUCGUUACAUCCUCACCAACCGAGGCAUCGCACAGAUGCUGGAAAAGUACCAGCAGGGAGACUUUGGAUAUUGCCCACGAGUUUAUUGUGAGAAUCAGCCCAUGCUUCCCAUCGGCCUGUCGGACAUCCCAGGGGAGGCCAUGGUGAAGCUCUACUGCCCUAAAUGUAUGGACGUUUACACACCCAAGUCCUCCAGACACCACCACACAGACGGAGCCUACUUCGGCACCGGCUUCCCCCACAUGCUCUUCAUGGUUCACCCCGAGUACCGACCCAAAAGACCCGCCAACCAGUUUGUCCCCCGUCUGUACGGCUUUAAGAUCCACCCCAUGGCCUACCAGCUGCAGCUGCAAGCCGCCUCCAGCUUCAAGAGCCCCGUCAAGGCCAUCCGCUAGGAGCAGCGACGAAGAGGAGGAGGAGGAAGAAUGUGGCGAAAGGAGAGUCAGGAAAGAAGCAUGUGGAGAGGGGUCAGCCGUAUUUUCCCCAGAUGCCCCCUCGCCAUAAUGGAGACUGUAUUAUUUUUGCUUUAGAUUAGCCCAUAUGAGGGAAAAAGGGUAAAGAUUUAAGUGUGAAAUAGACAGAAGAAUAAAACACACUUACACUUACACAGCUAUGAGAAACACACACACACGCCGACAGAGCCACACACUUUAGAUUCACCGAACUCAUCCGUGCCAAAAACAGAAGGUGGGAGGAAGCAGAGGGACGGCGGGGCUUCGUGGCACUGCAGCUUGUUUCCUGGUGAGCCUCCAUCUUUGCUAAGCUUCCUCUCCCGUUUGGAUGCUGCUGGGAGGCGGGUUUUUAUUUUCAUUUCCUCUUCAUCGUCACUCAUCAAAGCAGGAAAACACGGAGCUACUUCUGAGGCGGUUGUGUGGAACGUUGUGUUAAAUUUGCCUUAAGGUGCAGAAAAUAAUCAAAUCUGACUUUGUGAGUCGUCAAACAAUUGUAAUUAAUGCCGCUGUGUAACAACCUCCUGCAUGUGAAAGCAGCCGCCAGUAAAAACGCAGCUUCUGCUCUGAAUGUCGGCAGAUUUCCUCCCCCGCGCAGAUUCAGCUUCGCCGCAGAAACAGUUUGACGUCGAGACGUUUCAUCCAUUCACAAACUAAAAACGCUGAUAAAUGGUUUGUAGGACUCGCUGUUUGUCAACGCAGCUGGUUUAGUUUGUGUUUUUUUGUUUUUGUUUGCUUUCCUCUUAACAAGGAAGCUGUAAAUGUGACCUUUUGACCCUGCUGGCUUGUUUGGUUUUUAUGUUUAGCUAAAAAAAAACCUAGUUCAACUUUGCUCUGAUUUCAGUUUAAUGUUUCUUUAUACUUCAUAAUUUAUAUUCAUUUAGUCCCAUUUAAAGAAAUAUUAAGUAAGGAUUCAUAAUUGGACUUAAAAUAUGUCAUUUGGUUUGAUCAAACAUCUGAGUUUAACUUUCUAACAGAUAAAAACCUGUCAAUAAAGAGGAUUUUAGUUUGAUUUAUAUUUGGAUGAUCUCCAUCAAAGAUUUAUUUUAAUUGCAGCUUGAUUGUUUGUGCUGCUGAGAGCGAACCUGCGUAGUUUUGCAGAUUGUUUUGUUUGUUUUAGUGUUUAAGUAUAAUCCUUAAUCUGGAUUAGACGCUACAGAAACUAUUUUUGAGAAUUUUUACAAACAAAAACCAUCACAAAUUGAUUUAAAACGCUCAUUUAUUGUAAGACACCCCAGUCUAUAUUUGAAAAAUUUUAGUUUUCUUGUUAAAAUAGUCGAUCGGUAGUGAAAAAAAAUAAAAAUAAAUGAAUCGGGUGAUUAUAAAGCUCCUGUAGCUCGACGUUUACGUCCCACAAAGUUUAUAAAAACUGAUGGAAGUUUUAUGAAAUAUUUUACAGAUGCUGAACUUUGUGGAUUCUGAAAUGGAAAUAUUGGAGAGGUUUUGUUUGGUGUGGGGUCACAGGGUCACUUCAUUUCCCUAAAACGGCUUCCUGAGCGUGGACUGAACAGCUUUGUGUGGGUUUCGUCUAGUUGUUUGUAUUUAUUGCCUUCUAUCCAUCAUUAUGAUCAAAUAUCAUGAUUAAUCCGUUUGUAUGUGCUGAACGGUUUCUGCUGCAGCCCUCGUGGUUCUGAUCCACGUUCUGGCUCACGAUCAAACCAGAAUAAUGAAGUUGAAGUUGGUAAUCUGUGUUGGCACUGAAGGUUUUGCUAGAAACACAAUGUGGAGCCACUUUAGCCGACUUGGAUUUUUUUUCUUUAAGUUAAUUUUGUUUAAUUUUCCGAGUUUGGUUGCAUUCACUGACUGACCUCCUGGUUUCUACUGUUUUUGCUCUUUAGCUGUCCCCAUAACCGCAGUAAAUAACUCUUAACUCAUAAAAUAGAUAAAAACAUAAACAUGUCAAACUAUUUCUGAGGAGUUCGACAAUCUGAAUCCAUCAGCUCGUUCUUCUGCUGCACCGAUCCGACUUCAGCCUCUCCUUCGUUUUUAUUUAUGUUGAGCUUCAGAGACGGACUCUCUAGAUCUGUUUACCUUUUCUUUUCAUUUUUUCCCCUCAGUUUUUGAUGGACUCAACAGACCGCCCUCCUCGUUUGUGUGACUGCAACUGUGUUUUCUUUUCAAGACUUUAUGACACAAGAGAAACUGUAUUUAUGUGUCCAGAUUUUAACUCAUGUUUGUGUUGUUGUGUUUGUGCGACUGGAAGGCUGAGCAGGAUUCGGAAACUCAAUAAACUUCUAUUUUCUUUUCA